AUGGGUGUCCCUUUCGAAGCAAUUAUUCCUUAUGUGAUAAUGACGGCAAUGUUUGGCGUGACAGGUGCGGGACUGGCCACGGUCAAAUGGGUUAGAAACGACGGAAAAGCACCCAGAAGACAAUUGGAUCUAUGGGAUAGACAAAGCACGCUUCGUGGUCAAACAGACAAACCGGUUGCGCCCUUGGGUUAUGAAGUGAACAGUGCUUGGAAGGUCGAGCCCCGCGUCAUAUAA